UCAACAACCGACAUUUUCAAUUUAAGUUUGUUUUUUAUUUGGGCGCGAAAAUGACGCAUUAGCAACAAUUUGUGUAAUUAAGUUAAUAAAAUAAAACUACAAAACAAUUAUGUAGAAUAAGAAGACUUUGUUUAAAAUAACAACGAUCAACAAUUAAUUGAAUUGGACUUUCUCAGAAAUUGCUAGUGGACUUCGAUAAACAUUUCUUUCAUUUAAAACAAAAACGCACCACACAAUGGCCUCACCUCGCAAUACAAGAAUAGCUCUAUCGGAAAUACCCGACCGCUUAGAACUCCUCAGAGUAGCUACAACACCAACGAAUCCCGAAGCAGCAGAACCAACUCCGGCAAAUAUUCUAAACCAAACUAUUUUCGACAAUGCCAUCAAUAACAUGUCCUUGGAUCACGAAUCCCCUGUUGCUUCACCUGAUGAAAUUGUUAUCAAACAACGAGGACGUCGUCGUUUCACGCUUACCUGGUCCCCAGACAAGUUAUCUUCACAGAGUCCCUUCCAGAAGACUCCAACAAAGAUAGCUACACAUAUGACACUGAGAAGUUCCCCCCGGAAACGCCUUCUCAUGACUGAGACACCUUAUUCAAAGUCACCAUCUGCAGACUCUUGUGCCUCUGAUAAUAUUGGAAGACUCUCAGGUUUUAGGUCUCCGUGUAAUAUGACUCCGAUUGUAAAGAAACUUAAACUAGACGAAACUCCGGUGGCGCAAACAAAUUUCAAUACCAGCCUGGACGUGAUGCUCAAAGGACUCAGUCACAAUCAACUUGUCGAGAUGAUUGGACAUCUAGUUGCGAAGGAUGCUAAGCUUGAAGAAGUGAUCCGCAGUGAUUUUCCAUUGCCAGAUAUUGGAUAUUUGGAAGACGAAUUGAUUUUAUGUAAACGCAAUAUCUUCAAAAGUCUCCCCACAUCACGAUUGUGUAAGAAGACAGACAGCUCUGCCUAUGCGAAGGCAGUUAUGCAUGUAUCUGCUUUUAAGACGGCCAUCAUAAGUCACACCCGAAAGCUACACGACUCAUCACACUGGGAUGCUUUGCUGGACUAUGCUCUUAUGGCAUGGAACUAUGUCCGGGCAACACCCAUAUGGGACAAUAACUCGCACAAUGCUAUUAGGCGACAAUGCUUUAAAAUCUUAACUUGCCAUUGUGUGGCAGCACUUAAGCAUGGUGGGCUUAGAGUGGGCGUUCAGAGAUUGAACAAUCUAGAACGAAAUCUAGCUGAUUGGUCAAAAGAUCAUGAGGAUGUUCUAUCUUGUGUGAAUGCUCUUAAUAAAACAUUUAAUUUCCGAUCGAGUAUGUGACUUGAAUCGCGUCACUUAUUUCAGUUUACAUUUUAAAUACCUUGAACAUUACACGAAAUAAAAUACAAAGCCUGCUUGUACCACAAGAAUCUAAUUUUUACAUUUAAGAGAAUACAAAAUUACUAACUCCCAACCUCCUAGCUUUACCUGUUGUUUGUCCAUAUAGAAUAUUUUUAUAUAUGUAUAAGAAAAAAUAAAAACAAAUUAAAAAGUA